AUGUCGAGUGAUGAGGAUAGCAGUAUAAUUUAAUAUGGCGUCUCAACUUGGCUUUGCCUCUCCGCCAAGCAGUCUCGAGCCCUAUUUAAAUUAUAUCUGGCAAGGUUUUGCCAACGAAGAAAUGGACAGCUAUGCUAAGUAAUCAAUUCCCGCAGAAGGCAGGAGCCUAGCCCUAAUCAGCUUUCGGAGUUGGUUUUUUCCUCAAGGGUAAAGGAGGGUUUGGAGUUGGAAAGGAGGCACCUAGCUAUGCCUGCAGGGAAUACCCAGGCCAUCGUGCAAUGCCGCUAGCGAGAAACCCAGGAGUUUCGCCCCUGGGCUUCAACUUUUCCUUUUUUGCCGAAAGCCUACCAGAAAACCCAUUUUUUGGGUUUUUUGUGUGGACAACCUUGCAUCUCGCAGCCUCAAGCAAGGCCGCAGAAUUCCUAAAUCUGCCCACUCAACACUGGAGCAAGGUUGUAGCUUGCAAGAAGGAGGCGUUCAACAGAACAGGCUAGCCAUUAAGUUGGAGUGCUAUAGGCGGUGUCGCAAAGCGGAGGAACCUUCGGGGCUGGGUGGCUGCGUAAACAAUAAGGACUUAGCAGCCGUUAAUCUCCUAAUUAAGAUUAAGAUUAAGAUGAGGAUAGCAGUUCUGAAGGAGAAAAAUGUUCUCCAGGCCCACAAGAUUACUUCAUAAUAAUGAGUAACGUUUUCAAUCCACAAGCAAACAGAAAAGCAUACCGACUUGAUAAAAUUUGCAUAGUCUGUUCUAGUAAAUUUUCGCUUUUAGGGAGUAAUAAGAAACAUCAUUGUAAAUUUUGCUUCAGAGGAGUUUGUAGGAAAUGCUCAACAAAUAAAGGCUACCAGCCUGAGCUGCAGGGCAGGUAUAGAAUUUGUGAUAAUUGUUACAACAAAGCUCUUGAAAGCCAAAAAACAUCACAAAAGGCAGUUGAAUCCACCCCUGAGGUAUACAACUUAAUAUAGUUGUAUCUUAUUGAUAGAAAACAAUAAUUAUAUGGCCAUUUAUUUUAUUUUUUAUAAUUGAAGAUGAAGCUAAUGAGUCAGCUGAAGAAAAAAAAUAUGAAGAAUUAACAAAAAAACUUGAAGAAGAAUUUUCUGCUAAAAAAGCUGAGCUGGAAGCCGAAAUCUCAAAAAUCAAUGAAGAAAAAGGAAAAAUCGAGCUUGAAGAAAAUGGUCUCCGGAGACUUAUAGAAGACUCCGGCAAAGAAAUGCGGAAAAAAGAUAUCAGAAUCAUCGCAACCCGCGAAAAAAUCCAAGAACUAAAAAAAGAUACCACAGCUGACAGAGAGCGUGUAAAAGAGUUACAUAAGUUAAUAAAAGACCAAGAAGUGGAAAAUGACCAUUUAAAAGAAAAAUUAGAAGAAACACGUGUAGAAAGGUCAAGAUCAAUAGACAGUAUAGACGAUAGCUCAUCUUUUAGUGAAAAACCAUUAAAACAGACUUUGGACUCUAUAAAAGAACAGACGGAUGCAUUGAAGCAGGAAAUUGAUGAAAUGAAAAACAGGAUGGAUGAAAUAAGAGAAGAACUUAAUGAAAAAAAAGCAGAGGCGGGGGUGCUAGAAAAAACUAUUGAAAUGAAAUCGACUGGAAAUCCAGAGCCUGAAGAAGAAAGUGAAACGUCAGUAAGGGAGCUGCAAGAGAAGAUUAUGAGGCAACAACAUGAAAUUCAAGCACUUAAUAACCAGUUGACCAAGCAGGGAGUUAUAAAUGGGCCAGACUCUGAAAGUAGAGGUAUUUGCAGGUGCGUUAUUUGUUAA